AUGGAACAAACGCGCGCGCGGUCCUCGGGGUUCCAAAACUACCCCUUCCUGACGGGGGAAGAGUUCACCGAGGUGUGCCACCGCCUAGACAGGAGAUACUGCCAGGCCACGCUGGGCCCUGUGCGCCGGCAAUGGAAGCUGAGCGUCUGCUCGGCGCUCAACACGUCCUUUGCCAUGGGCCCCGAGUACAGCACAUACCUGCAGAUCGUCCGCCCGCUCGACGGGGAGCUCGACGACGGCGAUCUGUCCCUGCACCUUGACAGGCUGUCCGUCCAGGGCAAGGGCCGGGACCCUGAAGGCAUGGAAAUGGAAACGGAAGCCGACAAAGAGAUGGUGGCUACCGAGGAGGCCGACGAGGCUGCCCUGCCUAGAAGGUCACAGGUUGGCGCUGGCUAUGUCACGUAUGAGAUACAUCUACACCCCACAUAUCAAGCGCCAUGUCUUUGGUUUAGUCUACACGAGCUCCCCGUAGACGAAGAAGCCUUCAACAUCGACACCGUCUUCAGACGUCUCGUGCCCGACCAGUACAAAAACGGACUCCGUGGGUCCGGCGCAAUUGGCGGCAUCUCAGCCGACCAUAACCCUGUAACGGGCGUUCCAUCGUUUUUCGUCCACCCCUGUCUCCUUGGCGAUGCCAUGUCGAACUUCGACUGCUCCAAGGAGAACUAUUUGAUGGUUUGGUUUGGCCUUGUUGGUGGCUGUGUGGGAUUGUGGCUCCCAACGGCAAUGGCACUUGAGUCCUAA